CUCGCCAGUCAGUCAGUCAGUGGUCGGCGGCAGUGGUACGCAGUGGUCACUCAGACAGACUGACCUUUGGUGUUGUCUAUUCAGAUCUUCAGUAUUAUCUGUUUUGAUUGCAGAAUGUUGGCGAGACUGUGUAUUGUGGCCGCAUUGGCCGCCCUAGUUCAAGGUCACAGUUAUCACCUAGGAGGUUGCCCUACAGUCGAACCUGUCCCAGACUUUGACAUGUCUAAGUUCCUCGGAAAAUGGUACGUGAUCCAGAAAACAAGCACGAGCAGUCGUUGUCUGACCUACAACUUCACCGAGUCUUCGGAGCCCUACGAGUACGACUUGGAGCAGGUCUCUGAGCAUCCUAUAUUGGGAUUGGCCAGUGUAGACAACAAGUACCACUACACUGGACACCUGACUGUACCUGCACCCGAGACGCCUGCCAAGAUGGUGGUCAAGUUCCCACUCAGUGUUGCUGGCUCUGCAUCAUACACAGUAUUUUACACCGAUUACACAACAUACGCAGCUGUGUUCACGUGUCAGAAACUUCUCAACAUCGGCAACCGACAGUCCGCCACUAUCCUGUCCCGUAAGAAGACCUUGGACAAGGCCUACCUCGAUAAGAUCAAGGGCAAGCUUAGUGCCUUUGGAAUCGACCCCUACGACCUGAGCAGGAUCGACCAGAGCAAAUGUCCUGGUGACAAAGAUGAAACGAAGGUGGAUAUCAACAUUGAUGAUGAAACUUUCAGUCCUCAGAACAUUGCUGGAGUUGUACGCAAGGCAGGAGAAAAAAUAGGAGAUGGAGUUGAAGUAGUAGCAGAAGGGGCUAAAAAACUCUAUGGAGCAGUUUCAAGCUCAAAGGAUAGAGAAGAACUCAUUGAACACCAGGAGAGAAAUCAACAAGAAUGGCUUCCCUGAACUAAAGACUGAUCUGCUCAAAAUAGUUUUAAGUUAUCUGUAAAUCAUUAGAUUGUAAGUAAUUAGAUAUAUCUGUUUAUAAGUAGUCAUGUUUUUUGUAUGUUUUUAUCAAAUAGGUCUAAGAGAGAAACUGCUUUACUAGGAAAAAUUCUCAUACAAUAAAAGAUAUUUUCUAGAUAA